AUGGCUGUAAAUUCAGGCCAAAUCGACUUAAACUCUGAUGCUGUUUUGUUUGAUCGGGAAAAUGAGGUUCUGGGGUUUAAUUCAUCAGGUUCCAGUGUUAGUGUUGGUGUUUUUCAUUCUGAAACCCUUAGAUAUGAACCCGUUGGUGGUGAGGUUCUGAAUCACGAUCAAAAGGUUUUCCAUGUUGGAGAUGAUAGAGGAGCCAAUGGUUCCUUGGAGCUGCCUUCUGAGCCUGUUGUGGUUGGGUUUCACAUGAACCCUGGGUGUGAUGUGAUGAUUAAUGGCAGUGGAAAAGAGGGUUUUGGUGAAGAAACUGAAUUGGUGGUUGGAGGGAAUAGUUUGGAGGCAGGAGUGGAAGCUGUUGAUGGAGGGUAUGAUGGGAAGGUAGGGGAUUUUUCAAAUUUGUUGGUAAAGAAUGAAGAUGAGAAAAAAACUAUUGAAGGUUCCGCCAGAGCCCCGUUUGUUUAUGGAGGUGCAGAACCUGAUAAAGCUUUGGUUUUUUAUUUUAAUGAUGGUGUUCAGAAUGAGCCGGAGUGUGAGAAAACCAGGAAAGUUACUGAAACUGCUGGUUCUCUGAGCACUGAGGUUGCAUCAAAUAAUGAGGCUCAAGGAGUUGAUAAUAAUCUUACUGAGUGCAAGCAGAAGAUUAAAAAUUCUACUUUGGUGAAUUUAAGCGCAGUUGUGGAGGAUGACAUCAAGAUGAAAGCUGCCGAUGUUUUGGUUACUAAAGAUGGCCUCGAAGACUCUCGUGCCUCAGAAAUUCGAUCCUACCAUUUACAGGAUGACAUUCCAUAUAUGGAAGUCAUAGAUCUCAAUGCCAAAGAAUCUUUGCCUCUGAAAGACUCGUUGUCAAGAAAUCGCCUUGAGCUAGAAACUCCGUAUGAGUUGAAACAGCCAGCCUUUCAGUUAGAUGCACAGGCAGAGGUGAUGCAGAAUCAUACCAUGGACAUCGAUAUGGCUGAACCAGGUCUUUUCGAGAAUAUUCAAAAUGAGUGUCAUGGUAUUAAUCUUGUUGUAGAUCUUAAUUCUUAUAGAAACAUGCAGGAGGUUGGCAUGUACAGGGAAUCGGUGUUUUCAGAACUGAGUUUCUAUGUGUCUGAUUUAGUUUGGGGAAAGGUGAGGGGCCAUCCUUGGUGGCCUGGUCAGAUCUUUGAUCCCUCAGCUGCAUCGGAGAUGGCAAAGAGGCAUCUUAAGGAAGACUGUUACCUAAUUGCAUAUUUUGGGGAUCAAACAUUCUCUUGGAAUGAUGUGUCAAUGAUAAAGCCAUUUCAGCCGUAUUUCUCACAAAUGGAGAAGCAGAGCGAUUUGGAAGAAUUCCAGCAUGCUGUUGAUUCUGCUUUAUAUGAGGUCUCUAGACGGGUUGAGUUUGGCCUAUCCUGUCCUUGCAUGCCUGAGGAAGUGUUUUCUGAGCUUAAAACUCAAGCAAUUAGUAAUGCUGGAAUCCGCCAACAUACAUGCAGAAGAAAUGGAGGGGGCAGAUUUACAGAUGCAACGUCUUUCGAGCCCAUGAAACUUGUCAAUUAUGUUAAAUCAUUAGCCCAGUCGCCGUAUAUGGAAUAUGAUAGACUGGAUUUUGUAAUAGCACGUGCCCAAUUGUUGUCCUUCUAUCGCUCAAAGGGUUAUUCUCAACUGCCUGAGUUUGCAGUGCUUGGUCCGUUGUUCGAGAAUGAUGUGGAAAUUCAACUCAUGAGGGAGAGAGAGAAAAUUGAUGAGCAAGAAUUGAAAACCCAUCUUGGCUUUUCACAGAAGCACAAGCUUGUCCCAAAGGAUAGCAAGCAGCCCAGCAAAAAACUUAAACUUUUGUCAGAUUUGAUGUCCGACAGGAGAUUCUGUAUUCCAAAUGGUGAACAUGCAUCAGAAAGGAAAUCCAGCUAUGAGUCAAUUUCACGGUGUUCUCGCAGGAAACAGAAGGAAGCUUAUGAUACUUCUCAUGAUUAUUUCCGUAAUUCCAAAAAGAGAAAGCUUGCCCAGUUACAAUAUGUUUCUACAGAUGAGAUGUGGUCACAACUUUGCUUGGCUGCCAAGGAUCCUUUUGGAGAAUGUUGCUUAAGUGACGCGGUAUAUUUCUUUGCAGAAUUUAGAAAUUUCAUUAGCCUUGAUGAUUCUGCUUCGAUGGAGCAUGGAAUGUCUUUGGAACAAAUGCAUGACGGUGAGACCCGAGUAACCGCAACAGAAGCAGCAGCUUCUAUGACAUCUGCAAUGGAACCUUGCAAUGAUUCUUAUUGGACUGAUAGAAUAAUUCAAACCUUUUCUGAAGAGCAAUCAUUGUCAAAAAGCCCGAAUGAAAGAGAGGAAUUUUUCCCCGUGACUCCAACUGAAGCUAAUUCUCCCUCUUCCAAAUCACAGCCAGGUGCUGAAAUCAACACAAAUUCAAGUUUUAUGCAGCAAGAUACUGAUAGAAAUCUUGGAUCAGAACCUUCUAAACUUAUGGAACAUUUGGAUGAGAGUUCUGAAGAGGGCAUCAUCUGCCCCACUGCUUUUACUCUGAAAUUUACAAACUUGGAUUCUGUUCCUUCAACAACAGAUCUAAACAAGAUUUUUGGCCGUUUUGGGCCACUGAUUGAAUCAAAGACUGAGCUGAUAAAGAAGACUAGUUGUGCCAGAGUGGUUUUCAAAAAACGUUCUGAUGCAGAAACUGCAUUUAGCAGUGCUGGAAAAUAUCGCAUAUUUGGACCCUCACUUGUUAGUUACCGCCUCAAGAUUUUGCCUCGUCCACCAAAAAAAGUUACAGGAAAACGAGGUAGAAAAAGCAAAAAAGAAAAGGCUUCUGUGGAUGGUGCUGCAGUUUGA